AGAAUUAAACAAACAAACAAAUAGAAACAAGUUUUUUCCUAAUGCAUAUCAUGAGUAGUUACUCUUUCUCCCAUGACCCAGAUUUAGAAAUGCUGCAACAAGAUCCUGCUAGUAAUAAUAUUCACUUCGAAACAUUUCAUCAGGUUCAUCAUGACCCUACUCAUGAUUUUCUUUCCUUUGAUAUGGUUGACCAAGGACCAACAAAAAGUGAGUCAAAUCAACUAGUGAAGAAUUCUGAAGCUAGAGAAAGAUCAUACAUAGGUGUAAGGAAAAGACCUUGGGGGAAAUUUGCUGCAGAGAUCAGAGAUACAACAAGAGGAGGAAGAAGGGUUUGGCUUGGAACUUUUGAUAGUGCUGAAGAUGCUGCUUUAGCUUAUGAUCAAGCUGCAUUCUCAAUGAGAGGCAAUAAUGCUGUCAUCAAUUUUUCUGUCCAAAGGGUCAAAGAAUCUUUGCAAGAGAUUCAAUAUGAUUGCCAAAAAGGAUCUUCACCUGCACUUGCACUCAAGGAGAGACACUAUAACCAAAGGAAGUUGUCAUCAAAAGGUGUAAAGAAUAAUAAUAAAGCAGGAAAACAAGAUCAAUCCGAGGAAUCAUCAUCAUCGUCAUCAAGUGUUUUGGUGUUAGAGGAUUUGGGAGUUGAAUAUCUUGAGCAACUUCUAAGUAUAUCUGAUAAUCCAAGUACAAGCAACAACAGCUACUUCAAAUCAACUUGUUAAUUUCAAUGGCAUGCAUACCAGAGGGAGAAGCGACAACGGUAGUGAAUCAUUUGCUGUGGUUCAAAGAAUCCCCCGAGUCAAAAUUUUGAAAAGGAAAAGGUUGGUCAUUUGGUUAUUUACUUGUUGGGCCUUGUGGUGUGCGAGAAAUGCGGUAAUUUUCAAACAGUUAGAUUUCCAUGUAGGUGAGGUUGUGGAAUUUCUAUGUAAUAGGUUUGAAAACAAAAGGGUGUACGAAUUUCUAUUUUUGGCGUCAUAGACAGUUGAACAUUUUGUGACCGUCGUAGUCUAUGUAAUCGGGUGAGUACCCCUUGUACUCUUAUUAUUAAUCUCAUUGCCUAUAAAAAAAAUAAUAACCUUUUCUACCAUAAGGUGGCAUUAGAUAUCUAGCAUGU